AUGUUCGACCUACGAAACGCUACAUCUGGGCCCAUGAAUUCCAUAUCAGAAGCUAGCAGAAAGUACCUGGAUUGGUAUAACCAACAGCCGACGGGGAAAAAGGUCCUCUUGGCCAUUGGAGGUAUCUCAUGUAUCAUUAUCACAAUCCUUGUAUUGAUAUUUCAUUCGUUCUUCUUAGAGUUGUUGGUGAAGAUGUCUGAUGCCUGGGUGGAGUUGAAAUUUGGCAAACUCAUAUUAUGGCUUUUGAUUUUCUUUGUUGGCUUCCCUCCACUUUUGGGUUUCACGCCGCUUGCAAUGCUUUGCGGCAUGACAUAUGGCUUCCCAUGGGGAUGGCCCAUCUUGGCUUCUGCCUCUGUGUUGGGGUCGCUUGCUUCAUUUUUGGUCUUCCGCCAUAUUCUUCAUAACCAAGCUGAAAGAAUGGUUCAUCUGAGUGAGCAGUUCCGGGCUUUUUCAGAGAUUUUGAAGGAGGAUGCAUCAUUGUUAGUGCUCAUAUUGCUCAGGUUGUGCCCUUUGCCAUACUCUCUUUCCAACGGCGCUCUUGCUGCAAUUCCUGAGCUUCCUACGCUUACUUACUUUCUUGCAUCGUUUAUCACAUCGCCGAAGUUGCUUAUCCAUGUCUUUGUUGGUCAUACGAUGAAGACCCUUGGAGAUGCCAACAGACCUACUUCCGCUAAGAUAAUCGAUGUGAUUAGUGUCCUUAUUACAGGGUCAUCGCUCCUUUUGGCCAGUUAUAUUAUCUACGUCAAGAUGCAAAGAAAGGUGAGAUCUUAUCACCAGCAUCCACAAAGCGAUGACAUGAUUUUUGGUAACUUCGACGAUGACAUAGAGUCGGGCCAGAACCUUGAAUUAGCAUCUAACGAUUACGAUGACGAUAAUUUUAUAAUCACCGAAGAUGAUGACCCAGAGGAGGAUGAUUCUCUUCUGCGCAACAUAGCAGGCAGAGAUAGCUUAGCGAAGUUGGAUCAUGACCUCGAUUCCCAGGAUUUGGAAGCUACCCCAAAAAGAUAUAGAGACUACUAG